UUACUAAAAUGUUCUGCCCGCGGUGGGGAAAAAAACGCAGUAAAUCUACAUCUAAAUCAACUAAAGCUGGAGUUUUAUUUCCAGUUGGACGUUUCCAUCGUUACUUAAGAAAUGGAACGCAUCAUCAACGAAUCGGUGCUGGAGCACCGGUAUACAUGGCUGCAGUAAUCGAAUAUCUUACUGCUGAAAUCUUAGAAUUAGCUGGAAAUGCUGCAAGGGACAACAAAAAGGCACGAGUUACUCCACGACAUAUACUGUUAGCAGUUGCUAAUGAUGAAGAAUUGCAUUUGCUGCUGAAGAAUGUAACCAUUGCUUCUGGAGGUGUUUUGCCAAGAAUUCAACCUGAGCUUUUAGCCAAGAAAAAAGGCCGUUUUGCCACAAUGCCAUCUCCACGUUCAGGUCCUCCCUCACCCGUUGUAAUACCAGUAAAGAAACCAAAGCCUGUAUAUGCUCCACCCAAAAAGUCAGCAAGAAAAGCUAGUGUUGCUUGCCGCUUGCCUGCUGUCAGAAGUAAAGGAAAGGGGAAAGGAAAGUCUAAAGAUGUCCCCAACUCAUUAGGCCAAGGUGGUGCAGUCACUAUGCUGUCUGAGAAAAAACUUUUCCUUGGCCAGAAGCUGAUUGUCACACAAGGUGAUAUUACAAGUGUUACGUCUGAUGCUGUGCUUCAUCCUACAAACUCAACAUUACACAUGAACAGUGACAUUGGACAAGCCUUGGAAAAAGCUGGAGGUAAAGAAUUUCAGCAAGAAGUAAAAGAUGUCUUGUCUUCCAAUGGACCUCUUGAUGUUGGAUCUGCUGUGAUUAGUCCUGGACACAAUUUCCCUGCCAAAUAUGUCAUUCACUGCAAUAUACCCUCAUAUGGAUCAUCAAAUUCUUCUGAACAACUUGAGAAAGCUGUGAAAAAUAUAUUAGUGCUUGCUGAUGAAAAGAAUUUGAAAUCUCUGGCCAUUCCAUCAAUAAGUAGCGGAAGUUCAAGCUUUCCCAAACAACAAGCUGCCCAGAUAGUUCUGAAGUCAAUCUCGAACUACUUUGUCAACAUAAUGUCCAGCUCUCUCAAACAGAUAUUCUUUGUUCUCCAUGAUAUGGAAAGCAUUGGAAUUUAUACCAGUGAGCUUGCAAAACUUGAUUCUUAGCAAAUUCCUCUAAGGAAUAAAUACCAUUUUAAUCAUCUGGAUCUUAAAAGAGGAGUGUAAACCAGUGGACCAGAAUUCAUUUUGGUAUUUUGUCAUGUGACGUGCAUUUUUCUAGACUUGCAAUUUGUAUAUCUAGUAUUAUAGGAGUUGAGUCACUUUGCAUCACUUGACUAACUACAACAUUUCAUGAAAAUGUGCCCAUAUUUCUGUGAGUUUUUAGCUCUCAUGUUCAUUCUCUGCAUCUGGUUUUUAAUUUUGAAAAUGAAGGUUUCAGUUUUUGAUUCGAAAUGAUUUGAUUGGUUUGGGGUAGAUAUUUUUGCUAAAUUGUCUUCCAUUUGCAAAGCUUGAAAUUUUUUCUUUUGAUGUUUCCUAUGAUUUAUGUGUAUGUAUACACUCUUCAAAGGCUUUCAUUUUGAUUUAGUGGUUUAGAUUCUGCAAUUGAUGUGAUAGUUAAUGUUUUAGUCUAGAUUUUAAGUCAUUUUGAUUUAUCUGAUGAAAAAAGUUCAUCAUUAUCUGAAAUUGUUUCUUGGUUCACUUUUAAACUUUUAAUGUGAUUGCUGAAGAUAUUUACCUGUCAUCAAUUUUAUUUUUAUUUGCACUCUGUUUCUUUGAAGAGCUUAUAAAGCUACUAUAUGCUUAUGAUGUUUGACUUCUUUAAAUCUUUUAUGAUAAAUAUUGUUUAUAUGGCUAAGAAAAACGUUUCUUGUUGGUAGGUUUGCAAUUAUUUACAUGAUAUUCUCAUAAAGUAUUUCAUAAAAUGAAAACUAUCUAUUGGGCAGCUACUUUGUUCAAGUAUUAUCAGCAAAAGUUAUUUGUUCAAAUUAUCAAGUUAUCAAGAUUUUUUUUUUUUUUCAUAUGGUAUGUAAAUUAUGCAAGUGUUUAAUUUAAAGGCAUAAGUGCCACAUACACACAAAUUACUUCAUUAAUGUUGUAUUUUUUUGUUCUCGUCUAUUAACAGUCAUAAUUGUCGUGACAUUCUCAUUAGAAUUUUGUUUCCUAUAAAACAGUUGUACCUUUGCCUGUUUAAACAAUAGUUUUUUCAAAUUCAUUACGUCAUAAGAGUUUACUUUGUUUACUUUUUCUAUGUUUAAAAAAAAUCAAUUUUCUUUCUCUAAUUUUAUAUGAAAGAGUAUUAGAGAGCAUAGUUUUCCUUUGAAAUCUUAACUUUUGCUGAUUACUAUUGACUGUUUCUGUUAAACAGUGUGAUAACUAGUUUUAAAAGAGUUCUCAUUUUGGAGUUAAAAAAUAUUCAUGUGUUUAAUAAUUUCAUUCUCACUGUGCAAUAACAUAUUUAUAUAUUUAAGUUAUGAGUUUAUUAAUUGUUCUUUGUUUUCAAAAUCUAUUUUAAAUCGGAUUAUUCAAUAUGAAUCUUAGUUUCAUUCAGUCUGUCAGUUUUUUUUUUUAGAAAUUAUUUAAUGUCAUGUGUGUUUUUGGCUAAAAUUGUGUAAAACGUUUUCAAUGGCAAAGAAAUUUCAUUUUUCUAUCCCAAGACAUUAUUUUGAAUAAGGACCUUAUUUUCCGUCUUUUUUUUUUUUUUUUUUUAAUCUUUUGUUGAAAACGCUCGAAUUUGAUCAUAAUUGGCAGAAAUUCUGUUUGUUUUAAAAGCAAAAUCCUUUUAUAUCUAUCUUGCAAAUACGAAGUUUAAAAUGUUUUUUUAACAGUUAAUAUUAUUUUUAACAAUCUGCAUAUCUUAAAGCUCUUUUAUGCUCUAUAAUUAGUUCAUUUAAAAUAUUCUCAUUAAUUCAUCUUUACUAGUCUUUACCUCCCACCAUUAGCUAAUAUUGUUCUGUAAAUUAAAGUUAGACAUUUUGCUUCAAAAUAUAUUAGACUUUAAAAUUUUAGACUUUUUUUUUACCUUAUAUAUUUUUUACUUGCUACACAAAUGUUCAUUUCACUGCCCUUUUUCAAUUUUAAAAUGUUGAGUUUUUUUUUUUUUUUUUUUUUUUUUUUUUAAUUAUUUACUUUAUUGUUUAUAAAUAAAAGUGGGCAUUUUUAUUUUUUCAUUUAUUUAUUAUUUGUCUAUUUUAGUUGGUCUUUUCCUGCUUUGUUAUAGCACAUAUUGUUUGUAUUAACAUAAAAGUAGUCAUCAGUAACUAUUGUAGCAUAUUACUUGAUAUUCAAAAAUUUGAGACAACAUCACAUUCCUUGGUAUCUGUCCCUUAAAAUGUUUUAAAAUUUUAAUUUUGAGAUUUAUUUUUGUCAAGGUGAAAAAGAGGACUAAAGAACAUGUUUGUUGUUUUUCCUUUAAAAAAAAAAGUUGAUAUUGAAGUUAUAAUUACAUUGGCUCAGAAUCCUCAACAAUUGCUUUGAUUUAUAAUGAUUUCAUUUUUUUUCUGUUUAACUCUUAUUAUUAUUAUUUAUUCUUGCUACAUAUAAAAUUUUGAAGAAAUUAAAUAUGUUUUUAGUCAUUUUACACAAAAAAAAA